AAACUGGGAGAGCCGAUUCAGAAGCGAUACACGGAGGCAGAGGAGCGGCCAAAAGCUUUGGAUGAGCUCGGAAGGCAAAUCCAGCAGUACACGAAAGUCGUCGAGGCUUAUAAGGCCAAGGAUGAGCUGUAUGAUCAUUUGGAUGAGCUGGAGAUGAUGAAGGUGGACAAGCAGGUGAAUGAAACCAUGACCUGGAUGAACAACAAAAUGAAUCUGCAGAGCAAACAGAGUCUCAGCCAGGACCCUGUGGUUAAAGCUCAAGAGAUUCAGGCCAAAACAAAGGAGCUGUAUUCUGCUUGCAAUCAUAUCGUCACCAAACCCAAGCCCAAAGUGGAGCCUCCAAAGGAGGAGACUGCAGCCGAACAGAAUGGCCCUGUGAACGGACAGGAGGGUUCAGAGGCCCAAACGAGCAACCCAGAGAAGGGCCAAGCCGCCCCAGAAACCACAGAGGCCAAGCUUCCUGAAAUGGACAUCAACUAAGUUCGCUCGGCCCUCUUCUGCGUCUGCACCAGCCUCUUAUAUGCCUCAGAGUUCGAAGAGAAAAAAAAAAUAAAAAUAGAACAUUAAAUUUGGUGAAGCAGGCUGCCCAAUUCAGUUCUCUUGCUGUCGGUGGCAUGUUUCUUUCGGUUUUGCUGUUUAAAAACAGGAUGCACAGAGAUCCAAUCUCCCUUUUUUUGUUUCUUCAAACAGGAAAAAACAUGUUAUAGAUAUAGGACGAGAGCCUGGUCUUUGUCGCUUUUUUAAUAUCCACAGUUCCAGUAUCCUGAAAAGAAGGCGGACAGGAUUAUAAAGUGGGAUGGACUGGUUUAGUGCGGUUUAAUGGAUGACAUUUUUCUGUUCUGUUCUGUGUGGAGAGUUUAUUGGCAUUGAAGAUUUGUUGCACAGACCAACUUCUCAAGUGAAGUUUCUAACUACCAGAUUUUGGUGAAGAAGCACUGAGCAUUUCUCGAGGCAGAGGCAUGAGCUGCACUGUAUGUCCGAGUAGAGUUGAGUUACUGUUAAGCAGUAUUUGGUUGUAAAAGGUGUAUGGUCGCUUUUGGGUUAUCCCUGUUUGUUUUCCUUUUCUACUCUGCAGCCUGUGUGAAUGGUGGAAACUAAUGUGGUGUUCAUUCCAGUCACGAAUUAUGAGAAUAAACCAUUCAUUUUGGUAUACAGACAACAU